AUGGCUGACAUUCCUGUAAUCGACAUCGCCACUCCCACUCCGGCCGUCGCCAAGCAGCUGCUGGCCGCUGCCUCUGCUCACGGCUUCGUCUUUGUCCGCAACCAUGACAUCGGCCUGCCGCCAGAGGACAUUCAGGCCAUGUUUGCUCUGUCCCGCACCUUCUUUGAGUCCCCCUACCAAGUCAAGGCUGAAUGCCCCUACGUGCCCGACAAGAACCAGGGCUGGGUCGGCAUGCAGCGUGAGACUCUAGACCCCAAGACGCAAAAGCGCGGUGAUUUUAAAGAAGCGUUCAACGUUGGCGAAUAUGUCGACGGAAGAGCCGCCCAGCCGCUCCCCAAGCCCUUUGCACCCCACGAAGCUCAGCUAGGCCGAUUCGCCGACCAGUGCCAUGGCCUCUGCAACAAGAUCCUGCGCGUAUUCGGCAUGGCGUUCGAAAUCGCAGAAGAUGAGGGUGGGGCAGAAUGGUUCGUGAAGCGGCACGACCGCAGCCAAGGCCCCUCUGGCAGCAUCCUGCGCCUACUUUACUAUCCGUCGGUGCCGACCGAGAGCCAUGACGAGACGGACAUCCGUGCCGGCGCGCACAGCGACUACGGCUCCAUCACGCUGCUCUUCCAGCUGCCGGGCCAGCCGGGCCUGGAGAUCCUGACGCGGGAGAACGCUUGGGCUCCCGUGCCCGUCAACCCGCUCGACGACGCCGUGCCGCCCAUCCUUGUCAACAUCGGCGACCUGCUCAGUUACUGGACCGACGGCCUGCUACGCAGCACCGUGCAUCGCGUCAUCUUUCCUCAAGGCGAGCAGCAUCGGGGCGCCGCGGACAGAUACAGCAUGGCGUACUUCUGCCAUCCGUUGGACGAGGCGAGGCUGGUGCCGGUGCCCAGCGCGAUAGUCAGGGAGCAUGGGCGGGACAAAGGCGCUGGGGAGGCAGCCAAGGUGUUGACGGCAAAGGACCAUUUGGUGGGCAGGCUGGCCGCGACGUACGGGAAAUGA